AUGGCUCCUGCAGGUGGUGCCCACGCCUUGUCGGCCAAACGCCGGCAAUUUGCCGGCAAGUCGGGCUUCAAAGGCCUAGUCAGCAAUGGAAGAACCUUUGCGAUUGCUCUGUUUGCCUCGUUGGGUGGCUUUGUGUAUGGAUACAAUCAAGGAAUGUUCUCUUCUAUCUUGACCAUGACCGCUUUUCAGAAUCGGAUUCAAGGGUAUGCUGCCGAGGAAGGUGCCAGACAGGCGAUUACGACUGCGAUUCUUGAACUUGGAGCCUGGAUUGGUACAUUGGUAAACGGCUAUCUUGCCGACGCCAUCGGUCGUCGCAUGACUUGCAUCGUCGCUGUCGGUGUCUUUACUGUGGGUGUUAUUGUGCAGGCGACCACCGCCUCGGUGAGCUACGUGCUCGCCGGUCGUUUCGUGACUGGUCUGGGUGUGGGUAGUUUGAGUAUGAUUGUGCCAUUGUACAAUGCUGAGCUGGCUCCGCCCGAGAUUCGAGGAUCUCUAGUCGCCGUUCAGCAAUUGGCUAUCACUUUCGGUAUCAUGAUCAGUUUCUGGAUUGGCUAUGGAUGCAACUACAUCGGCGGAACUGGCGAGAGCCAGUCCGAUGCUGCCUGGUUGAUCCCCGUCUGCAUUCAGUUGAUUCCCGCGCUGGCCCUGGGUGCAGGAAUGGCCCUCUUCAUGCCGCAGUCACCCCGUCAUCUUAUCAAUCAAGGACACGAGGAGGAGUGUUUAGAGGUCCUGGCGUGGCUGCGCAAUAAGUCACCCGACGAUAUCGGCGUGCGCGUCGAAUUCCUGGAGGUGAAGGCCAUGUACUUGUUUGAGAAGGAGACCGCUGCCGCCAAGUAUCCCCAGUAUCAGGAUGGAACGACCAAAAGCAAGAUUGCAAUUCUCGUCAACGACUACAAGUCACUCUUGACCAACCCAUCUUUGUUUAAGCGAUCGGCCGUCGCAUGCUUGGUCAUGACUUUUCAGCAAUGGAACGGAAUCAACGCCAUCAACUAUUAUGCGCCAUUCAUCUUUAAUGGUAUCGGCUUGCAGGGUAACGAGCUCGAUCUUCUCGCCACUGGUGUCGUGGGAAUCAUGGAGUUUGUCUUCACUAUUCCCGCUGUUCUAUAUGUUGACAAAUUUGGACGCAAGAGUAUCCUGAUCGCUGGUGCGAUUGGAAUGGCAUCUUGUCACUUCAUCGUGGCCGGAAUCAUUGGGGCCUACCAGAAUGACUUCGACAAUCACAAGACCGCAGCUUGGGUUGGUGUGGCUUUCAUCUGGAUUUACAUCAUCAACUUUGCCUAUUCCUGGGGCCCGGUCGCGUGGAUCGUCGUGUCUGAGGUCUUCCCCUUGUCCAUGCGUGCCAAGGGUGUUGCGCUUGGUGGCAGCAGCAACUGGCUCAACAACUUUGCCGUCGCGAUGGCUACCUCGCCUUUCAUCAAGAGCACCCAGUUUGGUGCAUUCAUCUUCUUCGGUGCGAUCACCACCAUUGGCGCCCUUUAUGUCUACUUCUUGGUGCCGGAGACCAAGGGACGUACCCUUGAGGAGAUGGACGAGUUGUUCGGUGCCACCGGUAUCGCCCGUGCCGACGAGGAGCGUAAAGAGCGCAUUGAACGAGAGAUCGGCCUUAUCGCUCUUCUUGGAGGUAAUGAGUCGGCGGAGCCCAAGGCUGAUUCUGUGCCUGGAAAUGAUGGGAAUGUUCAUCAAGAGUACACUGAGCUUCCUCGCGAGAAAGCUUGA